CCGCAGUUCAACAACUUGUAGAAAAUUCUCACCAGCCUGCCAAAUGGCCGUCAGGUGAGCAUUCUCUGGCUACUUUCUAUGGCAGUAACUUUGUCAUUCACGUGGUUACAGAGUAGAGGGAUGGGGGUGGAGCUGAUCUGCAAUUGCUGCAACUGGCCUUUCGAAUCAACAAGGCACCUAUGGUGGGAGUGCCCUGCGUCCAAACGAAUCAGGGGUUGGUGGAAACAGCAAUGGGAAGAGAUGGGAGGAGAAGGAGCGGCGUGGAAUGAGGAGUGGGUGAUUCUGGGUUUUCUCCCAGAAAACUUGGCAGGCGAGAAGGGCAAGGAAGGCUGGGGUUACAUAGCCCAUGUGGUAAGGGGAAUCAUCUGUGAAAUCAUAUGGGUGGACAUGAACAAGACGAGAUUUGAGAAGAAAACACUCUCAGACACGGAAAUCAAGAGGAGGAUCAAGAUGGGAGUAAAACAAGCCAUUAACUUCGACUGGAGGAGGAAAGUGAAGUCAGGAGUGGGAAACGGAGUUAAGAGGAGAUGGUUCAAAAGAACAUGGGCUAGGAGCGAUCAACUGAUCACAGUGAACUCUUCAGGGGAGCUCGUGUUCGCAGAAGACAGGCAGAGAGAUGCAGAGUUGAAGUUCGUUGGUUUCAAAUGGAUGCAGAAGGGCCAGAGGCUGCCAGGGCGGAAUGGGAACUUCGUCAUGAAGUGCAAGCUGUGUGACCAGGAAUUCGUCGGAAGUCAGAGCAAGUGCGCGUUGCACUACACAAUCAAGAACAACUGCCCACAAGCCAUGUUGGAUGUUUUGGCUGAGAUCUGGAACAAAAGUGCUUACCACUUUGAUCAAAGGCAUUGGAAGAAGAUACAUGCGUACCUUGCGGAGAGGGGGUGGGCAGACAAGAGACGAGAACAUGGUCAACAAGGGGGAGACUCGGGAGAGGAAGACGAAGAUGACCCUGAGCGAGUGGCGGAGGAAGAGAACGAGCAGGCUGGAAGGGAGUGUGAGGCGCUUGAGAGUGGAGGUGUCCAGGGUGGUCGUCGGGCUAACGACGACAGGUCUGCAGAGGUUUCGAUCGAUGUUGAGAGGGAGGCGGAGCGUGACCGCGGAGCGUUGAGGGGAGAUAAGAGAGCGGUCACUGGCAUUGGGACGUCGACGAAGAGGAGGACUUCUUCGCAGCCCCUUCCGCCGACAGGAGCCGCGAAGAAGUUUCGUCAGUUGCGCAUGGAAUCGUUCGACCCUAAAUGGAAGCAGGACCUGGACACCUAUUUCCUGCAGUGGUUCUAUGUUAGCGGCAUCCCGUUUCACGCGGCGGGGAGGCCAGAGUACAACACCUUCAGGAGGCACCUCGCGACAUGCCCCCCUCGAGUGCAUCCGACUCUGCCCAACCAUCGUCGCAUCUCUGGUGAUGGUAUUGUGCAGCAGCACAAGGACGUUGCGGAGAGGCUCGCGACGCUGAGGAGAGAUGUCGCGGCGAUAGGAGCGACCAUCCUCACGGACGGUCGCAAAUCCAUCACUGCUGAUCAGAUAGUCAACUUUUUGGCAGCCGGGUCUUCGGGGGCGUACCUAUUGAGGACAGUGCAGAGCGACGGUGCUGAGCAGGACACUACGACGGUGGUUGUGAGGCGGUGGAAGAAGGUGUUUAAUGACUUCGGCCUCGAAAAUGUGAAUGCUAUUUGUACGGACUCUGCAGGGACAUACGUCGCAGCCGCGAAGCUCCUUGCGCAGGACAAGGAUCUUCGAUACAGUCGCAUCACUUGGCUCCCGUGUGCGUCGAGUUGGGUGCGGCAGCAGAUCAGAUUCGCUGCGUUUUGGGAGGAUGUAGAGGCCAUUGUGGAGUUGAUGACACCUGUCAUGCAGUUGUUGCGCAGACUCGACCGUGGGGGGCGUGUGAUGUCGAGCUUGUGGUCAUGGUCGAAGAGGGUCAUUCAGAGGGUUGCACAGGCGCCUACCCGACGCACCAGCCGUGCAGAGUUGGACACCCUUGUCAGAGGUUUGCAGGCGCGGAGGAGGCAUAUGUUGGAGCCUGCUCAUUGCAUGUCCCAUCUGCUUAACCCACGACACAAAAGUAUUGCAUACUUUGAGGGGGCAUGCAGGACAGACCACGAGAGGGAGUUGGCAGAGGAGGCUGACAUUUACCUUCGUCAGCAGACAGGACCGGACAGACAGCUAUACCAGGAUUUCAGGAUAGCUUUGAGGGAGUUCCACAGUCGAGAGGGCGAUUGUGCGUAUGGUGGUCGUGACGGGGACCGUGAUGCGGACACUUGCAGGGGGGAGAAGGAGACAUCGGCGGUUGCUAAGUGGUGGGUGCAGUGGGGGGACGGUGUGCCUCUGUUGCAGAGUAUCGCGGUGAAGCGGCGAAACAAGCGGCGAACUGGGCUGUCCACGAGGGGGGUGGGGUACGUUCUCCCAUGGGAGGACGAGGAUGUUGUCACGGAGGAGGAGAGCCUGGAGCCACGUGACUCGGGAGUCCGCACUGCGGACAAGGUUACUGAUGAGCAGCUGGACAGGCAGGUGCGGGAGGGGCGGAAGGACUCUCUCACUCGACAGGCUGCGAGCGUGGAGAGAUAUUUUGGCAGGCGAGCGACUAUUCUUCUGCCACACGAGGAGGACGCGGUGUACGACCCAGAGCCUGACCCUCUCAUGCAGGAUGAGAUUGAGGAGGAGCCUUGGUUUGAUCCUGAUGACCUGGAUGCGGAGUCGGGCCGGUUAUCCGACGAUGAUGCCCCCCUGUCACAGAUGCGACGCGAGACGCGAGGGUCGACCUCGGCCCGUCCUCGUCCUUCCCCUCGCCCGCGGGAUGGUGUUGUGACUGGACCUGCAGUGGUUGGGAGGCCAGGUCGUGCAGAUGCACAGUGUCAGGGCCUGUCCAAUCGACAGCGACAGCACACUUCCAUCGACUCCGACAGCGACGACGAUGAUGGAGGGUACGAGGGCAGCAGCGAGUUUGAGGACGACAAGGAUUUCGACAGCGGUGCGGGCGACGCCCCAAGGGGAGCUGAUGUGGAGACGGAUGUGGACAGGAGGGACCGAGAGGAGAGACAGCGAGCGCUAGCGCUUGCUCAGUCAUGCCCUGUGACACAGGACAUCAGAGCGAGUUUGGAUGCUGCUCACGCCCUUGAGACGGGCGUCGCACUCGUCGCCGAGACAUAUGUUCCUGACAGCUGUGGCACGGGGGUGCGGACGCAUGGUGUCGAUGAGGUUGAGGAGCGGGAUGCCUCCCGACCCACGCAGGGCGAUGGCAGUGUUUGCAGACCGGGACUUCGACCGAUUGGUGGAGAGGAUGACGAUGUGGAGGGAGGUGGUGAUGGGGCUGUCGGUGGAGGGGGUGGACCUUACGGAGAAUCUGAGGCAGUCGUUUUGGAGUGCGAAGGUAGAGAGGAUCCUCUUACGGAUGAUCGGCGGGGGCGGAUGGAGGAUGCCUGUCGGAGAGCUCUGGGAGACCCCCCACCAUAUGUGCCAUGUAGCCCGUCAGUGCCCUCCUCCAUGACAGGCGUCAGCCCUCCCCCUUGGUAUCCUAUGGCGCAAAUGGAGAGCAUUAGGGCCGCAUGCGCGGCAAAUACGAGGUCGUGGGAUAGUGGUCGUGGUGGAUCUGAGAGUCAUUCGUCUGUAGGAGGGACACAGCUGGCGGAGGGUAGAGGUUUAGGCAGUCUUUCUCCGCAGUCGCGGAUGAAGACCCGGCCUCAUGGUUUAGGCUUUGUGAGGAAGGUCACUCAGGCGAUGCGAGACAUGCAGCUUGGAUUAGCUGCCAUACCCGCAUCUAUGAGACCUCCACCGUUGCCGCGAGGGGGGGACGUUGAGGUGGAUGCAGCAGGUUGGGGUCGGGGCCGGAUUCGCGGAUCGCGUUUGGAUAGUAAUGGGGCCGGCCCUCCGACACAGCGCAUUGCUAGCGUGACUGGUGCAUCGACACAACGGACGGAGACCGCCGCUGGGGGGGCACGUGCGCUGACCACUUUGACGGCGGACGAUCCGCCUCCGACCCGUCCGCCGGAUAGAGGAACGGCGGGUCACAUCUUGAAGGAGGAUGUUUGGGACAGGAGACCACGCGGUCCUUAAGCAACUGAUCCGUAUUCCUCAGGGACUAACUAUUUGGAGAUAUACCUCGGGGACAGCGAAGGAGGCAGGAUGUCCAUGGGAUUC